AGGUGCCGCGGCCGCCUCUUGAGUCGGAUGAGAGGCGCCUCCGCGCCCCAACCAGCUGCCGCCGCUGCUCCCCUCCCUCCACCCUGCGCGCUGCUGCUGCUGCUGCUGCUUCAGCCGUCAGCCAAGGGCAGCUCUUCCGAGGCGGCGCGUGCAGGGACAGCAGCACGAGCCGAGCAGCUGCGCGCGAGGGAGCCGGGGAGAGAGAGAGACACACUCGCGCCUGGCAGAAACCAGUAAGUUGCUGCUCCUGCGAGCCGCUGUUUGCAGCACGAGCUGGCUCUGUGGCUGCAGCCGCGGCGAUCUGCUUACUUAUUGUUUUAUUUUGUAUCUGCUCGCCCCGUGAAAUCGUGGGGAGGGCAGGAGCGGCGCGUUGCAUGCAGGAGCCAAAUGCGGGCUUGAUCGGCCCGGGCUGGAGUCGCGGAAGGGGUUGUCGCGAGGCCACGGCGACGACGGCCGGCUGCCCUCGGCUUCGACACACGCGCAGCCCCCCCUGCGUUUGGUCUUUUCUUUUUGGCUCAGGCAACGGGGAGUGAGGAUUGCGCGGGGAGCCGCCCAGCGCUGUAGGAUGGCUCCUGCUUUGUGUGUGAUGUCAGUGAAGAGCGGAGUCGGAGAUAUAACGGGAGGGCUUUGCCAAUUGUGGGGGGAGAGGGGUGUUAAGGUGACACAGGAGCCACUGGCAGGGCAGGCUCUGAAGCGCCUAUAGCGGCUGCAACGCAGAGAACAGGCGCAGUCCAGCCUCGAUAGCCUCGCAGAAUGGACACCCCCGUCUCGCAGUGCAAAUAGGGGGCCCUCUAGGGAGAGAUUGUGCGCGAUCUGCACAUAAUUUUAAUGCGGCGUCUUUGACAAUCAGGGGAAGAGAUACGGGCUUGUGUAUCUGUGUCUCUUGCGUGUUAACGGGCAGGAAAUCUCCCAAGCCACCUUCUUACAAAUUCUCUCCUGUGUAGAAAUGGUCUGUAAUUUCCAGUCGGAGCUUUACAGUGAAUUGUGCCUGCUGUCGGUGAGCAGAAUCGGUGCAUAACCAGAUAUGAAAUUCUAAAGCUGAUCUGCUGAUAGCCACACACUGCAUGAUUAUUUAUUACACUUCUCAUACCACUCUUCCUCUAAAGAGCCCAGGAAGAUGUACAUGGUUCUCUUGCCCCUCUCCUUUUAUCCUCACAACAAUCCUGCAAGGUAGUUUAGGUUGAAGGAUGGUGGUGCGCUGUCAAAGGGUGCUUAUGUGUUACAGUAUUUCAGGGCUUAGUAUGGAUUUGAACCUAGUUCUUGCUAGUCCUCAGCUGACAUUCUAACCACCACUAUGCCAGUUUUGCUUUUCUGAUUUUUUUUUAUAAUGUUGUGACAGUUCACAUCAUCAAGCUUGAUACCAGGUACAUUGACGAGUAGCUGCCCUGUUUUGUAGGCUUUUACAUUCAUCGAAUGAAUAAAAAUCAAUGUGCAGAUCCCUCUUUAGCAAAAGCCAGGCGGGCAGGCAUGCAACCCAUUUUCAUGCACCAAUGUUGUCAUUCAUUAGCGCACACGUUAAAGGAGGAGCUCAAACAGGGACGUGGCUUCUUUCAUGGUAGUAGCGUAGCUGCAAAACUAAUGUUGCAUGCUGGUUGUUUCUUUUUUAAUUAUUUUAAAACCCUGCAGAUUUCGUUUUCUCUGAACCGUAUCCAAAUGUAAAUUGCAAGUCUUUGCUUCAGGAGUCCAUUGUAUUUUCUUUUCUCUUUUUUUAAUAAAAAAAUCAAUAUUUUCAAUUGUGCACUUUUGGAUGAACCAAUUUAAAAAUAAAAGGUUGCUCUCUUGCUGAAUUACUGCAUAGUCAAGCAGCUGUGACCUUAAUUGCCUUAAAGGAGAUACAGAACAGAAAACCUGGAGUGAGUGCACAAAUCCUGGAAGAUAGGCUAGAAGUAGCCCUUACACAUGCACAACUACCAUAUUUCUCUUAAAUCAGCUGACAUUUAUUUUUCCAGCCAUGCUGUGGAGGUGGACAUUAAUUUGAGAGGACAUGUUAAAUGGAAAGGGGUGUUACCUUAACUCUGCUGUGCUUGCUCUGCCCUUUUCAUAGAAUCCUUAAUUAGGUCUUUGCUUCCCUGUUUGCUGUUCUGUCAGCUGUAGCUUAUGGACGUUUUUGCAUCUGAAGCUUAAAUCAGGUGGUGCUUAAAUUGGCCUCUAAUAUUAAUGUAAAACAUUAGCUAUAAUGUACACUUGAUUUACCUUCCUUAAUGUAGGAUGGAAUAACAGCAUUUGUAUGUGGUAUACAAAUAGUACUGAAGGGACUCAUAAAACUUAAGUAGUGCCUUUCUGGAUCAGAGCAGAAGCCCUGUGUUCAGUCUUCAACAGCAGCCAGCCAGAUGUUCCUGGGAAUCUCACCAAGAGGGCAAGAUGGUCUCUACUGUUUGAUCCCAGUUUCUGUUUUGCUGUUGGGUGUAAUAGCCAUUGAUAGACCUCUCCCCCCAUGGAUUUGUGGGCUCCUUUAGAAAUAUUAGCAUGCUAAAUUGGGGUGUGGGUGGCACUGUGGUCUAAACCACAAAGCCUAGGACUUGCCUAUCAGAAGGUCGGCGGUUCGAAUCCCCGCAAUGGGGUGAGCUCCCGUUGCUCGGUCCCAGCUCCUGUCAACCUAGCAGUUUAAAAGCACAUCAAAGUGCAAGUAGAUAAAUAGGUACCACUCUGGCGGGAAGGUAAACAGCGUUUCCAUUCACUGCUCUGGUUCGCCAGAAGCAGCUUAGUCAUGCUGGCCACAUGACCCAGAAGCUGUACGCCGGCUCCCUCGGCCAGUAAAGCGAGAUGAGCACCGCAACCCCAGAGUCAUCCGCAACUGGACCUAAUUGUCAGGGGUCCCUUUACCUUUAGAAAUAUUAAGCUGGUGGCCACCAUAGCAUCACUCUAGCUUGCUUGUUUGCUGGAUUUAGAGCCCAGCCAAUCCCAAGGACUCAGCGUCAAUAAUUAUAUUAAUGUCAUCUAUCCAUCCAUAUCCCUGUCCACCCAAACCCAAUGUGAAUAAAGCUUUCAAUCUUACAACACUUCAGCUCAGAGUUUGGUGAGCUUCUUUGGAGGAUGAUCUCAAAGCUGUGUGGCAUGCCUUAGUGUGACUCUUGUAGGCCCAGUUUGGCACUUGGUGUAUUUUAGAGAGAGUUCCUGAUUGGUCUUGGAGGACAGGGUAGGACCUAAGACUGCAGAUAGUUUCCUAGGUUUGUGGGGCCCUGACCGCUUAGUGAAUCCUGUAAGUUAACUAUGGGUUGCGGUGGAGUACUUAUUUCCCUUUAAUAGUCCUUUUUAGUUUCACAUGUGAAAAUUGUGAUUUCCCUUAAAACUAGGUUUAGCCUCAUUCUCUCCACAAAUAUAUAGCUCCUUUUAGAUGCUGUGUGCUUUACUAUGUUAAUUACAGUUGGGAUACAGCUAUUAAGUUGUCAGGGUGUCAUCUUGUCAGAGUGUGUGUUAAUUUCAUUCAUUCCAUUCCCUUUGGCAGUUUUCCUACAUUCACUCUCUAUUCUUCACACUCUACUAGUAGGGCUUCCAUUUAUAGAGAGAUGGCAAAUAUAUCUGGUGCAAUCAGGGAGUGGCAUUUAGUUAGACACAGCUAGAAAUGGGCUUUUAAAGGAGUACUUGGGCAGGGAGUGUGUAAAAACUGGAGUCAUUUGUUGUACCCAUUUGUCCAAAAUUCAUCAUUGUCCACUGUACAAGGAAACAGGAUAUUGUUCACAGAGAACAAUAAGAAGCUUUAAGAAGUCUCUUAGUUUCUUGCUGCUUCACUGAUUGUCUAGUACUCUAAAUUGAUGCCAUUUGGAUUACUUGUUCUCACCAACUCCCAGUCUUUUUUACGCUUUGAUCCUAAACACAUUUGCUUGGAAUAGAGGUCAUCAGCCCCUCACAAGAUGCUGUGUGUAGUAUUCUCAUGUUGCAAUUUUGAAUACAGCACACCGCUGCUAGAAAACCAGGAGGUUCAUACAAUUUGCAGUUAUUGAGACAUGUUGCAAUAAUAACCACAAGCUGCCUUCCUGCAUACCUUUCUGCAAGUGUAACAUAUAAAAAGUAGGAGAGGAGUAGCAGUUGUAAAGCUAGGAAUGUAUGGCAAAUGCUCUGUGUGAAGCCAGAAGAACUGGAGCAUAUCUCUACACUACAAGCUUAUAGAUGUCUUAAGUAUCAUUAUUUCCCCCAAAGAAUCUUGGCAACUGUAGCUCAGUGUGUGUGCAGGGAAGUACAGGAAGGAGGUUCCCACACAGUACUACAAUUCCCAGAGCUUUCUUGAGACUGUAGUUCACAUAUGGCCAGCAUUAUUAAUAUAACAACCUCUUCUGUCAGCAAACUUCAUCAUAUUUCUGCUCCCUCCAGAAAGCUGGAUUCUUUGAAAUACAGUACAUCAAGGUGGUCCAAAACCCACACACUACAGCAACCUUCACCAUCCUGUGCCCUCCUGAUGUUUUGGACUUUAGCUAGGGCUGGUGGGAGUUGUAGGCCAGAACAUCUGGAGAGCACCCGGUUGGUGAAGGCGGCACUACACAAAUCAUCUUAUGCUAUGCAAAAGUGGAGAUAGGAUCACCCUGCUCUGCCCUACUUUCAUAGUAAUCCCCUUCCUACUAGGAAUCUUGAGAUGAUCCCAGAACCUCCAUAAAGGAAGGUCAAGGUCAUAAAGCUGAGGUCAAGUGGGGCAUGGAUUGAAUUUUAUGCGCUUGUUGGAACAAGGAGGGAAGUUUGCACUCAGCCUGGGAGACAACCUUUUUAUUUAACACCUCAUCUGCUAGCCAGAGGCCACCAGGAAUUCUGCACAAGCACUGAAUGAGCUGGCAAGACAUGGGACUCCAUUUUCCUCCUCCAGGUUGCUUGGUUGAGCAAGGAAGGAAAGUGAAUCCCUCAGUGCAGUCCCUUCUCUGCCAGCUCACUUGGGAGAAUACACCUUUUGCUUUCUUUCUGUUUUACUAGCCUGUUAAGAGGCCAGUGACCUGGAUUUUCAUGCUGGACGUGGAGGAAAGGGAUCCAUGAAAAUCCAGGAUGCUAGCAGGCUCUUAGCAGGCAGGCUAGUAAAAUAUAUUGCAGGCAAAUAACUUUUGUGGACUCUUACACCAGAUCCUGCAUGCUAGUAUUGUACAUCAGAUCACAAGAUCAUGUCUGCAACACUCGUGAUGAGAAGGCCAGACAACUGGGUCAAAAAUGCCCUUCCUUGCCACUGGGUAAAGUGGAUUAGUUUCAGGGAUGAAAAUGUUUUCUUCAUUCUAGUUAGGCUGUUUAUUCAGUGCUAGGGGAAGGUGACUCCUUCCAUGACUCUUCAUCAUUUUCAUAUGACAGGGUCUAUUACAACAGGAGAUGAAAGGCAAAGGAGUUUACAGUCAUUUUAAAGCUUGGGAGGUACUAUCAAUUAUAGCAGUAGGGCGUGUUAAGUAGGGAUUUCAAGGAUUAGCUAAAACUGCGUAGACUUCAACAAGAAACAAUGUAACAUCUAAGAUUCAAAUAUACUAUUUUAAAAAGGAUGUACGGUGCCAAUGUUUUUUUAAUAUUGUUUACCUAAUGUUAUAAUAAUAAUUUUACAUCUCUGUUGUUAGAUCUUGUCAUAUGAAAAUGAUGAAGAGUCAUGUAGGAAAUCACCUUUCCUAAGAAUAAACAGUUUAAUAUUAUCCGAUUACUAGUAGUAUAGGCUAUUUUUAGGUUUCACGCAGUGUUGCAGACAUCUAGAUCUGAUGUGUAUCAGCAGCACAGGCUGGUGAGUCCACAAAGAGGUGACAGAAUAUAUUUACAGUUCGCCUGCUGGUUUCCAGCAUCCUGACAUGGCCCAUGUCCAGCAUGAAAAUCCAGGUCACUAGCCUGUUAAGAGGCCAGUGACCUGGAUUUUCAUGCUGGACGUGGAGGAAAGGGAUCCAUGAAAAUCCAGGAUGCUAGCAGGCUCUUAGCAGGCAGGCUAGUAAAAUAUAUUGCAGGCAAAUAACUUUUGUGGACUCUUACACCAGAUCCUGCAUGCUAGUAUUGUACAUCAGAUCACAAGAUCAUGUCUGCAACACUCGUGAUGAGAAGGCCAGACAACUGGGUCAAAAAUGCCCUUCCUUGCCACUGGGUAAAGUGGAUUAGUUUCAGGGAUGAAAAUGUUUUCUUCAUUCUAGUUAGGCUGUUUAUUCAGUGCUAGGGGAAGGUGACUCCUUCCAUGACUCUUCAUCAUUUUCAUAUGACAGGGUCUAUUACAACAGGAGAUGAAAGGCAAAGGAGUUUACAGUCAUUUUAAAGCUUGGGAGGUACUAUCAAUUAUAGCAGUAGGCAAAGCAAUUAACAUGAAUUUAAAAACAUUAACUUGUAGGUAAGCCCUGCUCAUCUAAAUGGAACAUCCUUUUAAAAUAAGUAUAUUUGAGAUGGCAGCCUUAGAUGAUUUUACGGUCAAUUUCUUUUCUUGUUCCAAGUGUAUCUACUUGAGUUUUGUUUAACAAUCCUUGUCCUAAAUUAGGAUAGCACAUUCUUGAAGUAUAUGGGGAUAACUAUUGGGUUGUGCAUUUAAAACCUCUUGCUCAGGGCUGGUGCAGAUGUAAUACUGGCUCUCUCUCAACCAGCCAACUGGAAAAUUAGGAUUUCAUUGCCCUUUCCCCCUUUAGCUUCUUCCUCAUAUGGACCAAAUCCUUCAUCCCGCCUAAAUCACAGCUAAAGGGCACAGCAAGAGUGCCCCUGUUAACCAUGGUUGAAGCUAACCAGGUCCCCUCUUGAGCAGGGUUUGUUAACCAGCUACAAAGCCAGAUUUUAAAUCCUGGUGAAGGAGGAUGCCUAACUUGCAUUAAAUGUGUUUCAUGUCAGUGCUCUUAUAGCCAUUUAUUGUAGUUAUGGCAGGGGAGAGGAAUUUUCCCAGUGAGGGAAUGCCACUCGUCCAUCUGUCCUCUAAAGUGGUCUAGGUGGGAGCACAUUUGUGAUGGAGCCAGGGCAAAAAGGCCUCUUAUUGCGCACCAGCAGACACAUUCAAGUGCUUAGAAGGAGUGGGUGGGAAUGUAAAAGGCCGCCCCACCCAUUCCCUCCCUCCUCCUGGUCUUAGAACUAGUGCCCAGCCUGCCUUUCCCAUUUACAGAUUGGGGUUCGCUGGUUGUUGUGAUGGGGGUGAGUAGGGAUUUUUUGAUCAGCUGCGAUUGAUUGACUGGCAGUCCCUUUUUCUUUUUCUUUCUUUCUUUUUUUUUUGCCUACUCCAUACUGUAGAAGAACAUGGUUGGUGCACUUAGAGGCGGGAGCUGAAUAAAUGGCUUCAUUGGUUUGGUCACUUGUCAAGCAUGCAUGAGAAAGGGAAGAGGCUGGCACAAAGAGCACCCUGAGGCGCUUUUCGGGUGUAUAGUUAUUCCAAAGACUAUCACUUUUCAGGUUGUGUGAUUCAUGGGGCAGGUUAUAGAUCAGUUUUGAGGCUAACCUAUUUGGAGUUGUGGGGUCUAAGGGGGUGUGAGUCAGGAAACUCUCCUUCUUCAGCUGAAGGGGUCAAGUGCAGUGAAAACGCAGUAUAAAGGCCAACUUUUUCCCCUGCAGCACAGGCUCACCCAAUCGUAAUAUGCCUAGCAGACUGAUAAAUAAUAUGGAAUAUUUCCCACGCAUUGGCUUCCUUCCCCUCUGAGUAUCACAAGUUUACAACUUGUCAUUAGUAAAGUGGUAUGUGUUUGAACUCACACCUUGCGUCUUGCCUGUUUAUUUCUGGUAUCCUCACACAAUGUACAAUUUAGUGGCCCUGUUUAAUCAUGUUUAAGAGACAGGCAGCAUUUCACCUGCUCUGGUAACAACAAACAAACAAACAAACAAACAAACAAACAAACAAGUUAUUCAAAAAGAACAGUACAUUUUAGUGUAUUUUUGGUCUCUGUGGAAGCCGCCCAGAGUAGCUGGGGAAACCCAGCCAGAUGGGCGGGGUACAAAUAAUAAAUUAUUAUUAUUAUUAUUAUUAUUAUUAUUAUUACAGAAGAGGAAGUGAUGAUAUACCCCAGCUAAACAACGGAAAUGGAGUGGAUAUAAUAAGUUUUAAUCUGAUGCCUCCAUCAUGGCCUACUGUAGGUAGAUAAUUAUUGUUUCCCUAUUGUUCUCCCCUAUUGUUUCCCUAAUAUUAUUUUCAUCUUGAUUCUAAGCCUGUUUCCGUGAAAUGAGUAAGUCCAUUGAUUUCAGAGGUUGAUUUCAGAAAGUGUGCCUGGGAUUGUGGUGUUGUCUUCCUUUCUUCAGUGAUUUGAUGCGAGUCUCACUAAUUUCAGUAGAAAUUGCUUCCAGAUUGUCACACAUCUGCAUUUGAGGGAUAGUAAAAUUCUUCAUGCCUCUCAGCAGGAUGAUAUAGAUGACAAAGCUACCCUGUGGUGAGAAAUUUCACCUCAAGAAUAGUUUAUCUUUGUGGGAAGAGACUGAGAGACAUUAGUCACAAAAAGUAAAGAUGGGAUAUCAGAAAGUAUCAUUGGUGCUUAGAUACCUUUCUCUUCAGAGGAUUUCUUGGAUCCAAUUUAUAUUCAUGCUAAGGAUGAUUUCACAUAUGCUAGAAUAUAAGUUCAUAACCAGAAAAGCAUGAAACUGCUACCAUCCCCUUGUUCAUUCAAGCUGUUACCUCAAAAUGGAAACUAAUUGAAUAUUCGUAUUACAUAUUAGCUAUCACUUUUGAUGGGUUUACUGUAUAUCUUUUCUGAUAAGUUAGAAUCUAUUCAAUUGCCUUAGUUUCCUCUGCUCAAGGAAUUGUCAGGUUUCUGUGGGGAUCCCUUGCAAAGACGUACAAGCAGUCUCAAAUAACUUCAUUUUCCAGGAUUCCCUUAGGCAAGGUGUGACAAUUAAAGUGGUAUAAAUACUGUUGAUGGCGUAAAGUUGCAUUUCAGAUUAUGGCUACCAGCCACCCAGUCUGGAAAUGGGGAGGAACCAAAUCUGCAUUGGCUCCUUUUUGGCUUCUAGGCAUAAGGUGCCCUAUAAAAUCUUAAUAGGUUUCAAUGCUCACCACACCAUUUGUUUGUUCCUUGCUUCCAUCCCAACUUUUCAGAUCAACCUCCUGCACCUUCUUGACGGUACCAUUCAUGUGCCAGCUUCAGUCAGCAAGGGCACAUAGAGAGGCAUUGCACAUGGCUGCUCUGUAAUUGUAAAAAUCUGUUCCCUUUAAAGCCCAUCAAAAUCCAAGUCCGGGUGCCAUGUUGAAUCGCUGGAAGGUUGAUUUGUUUGGGCUGAUGCUGUCCUAGAAAGAAGAAGAUUGAUUUGUUGGGGCUGAUGCUCUACUAGAGAGGAGAAAUGUGGCUAGAUACCCAAACAAAUAAACUGCUUCCAGGGGUGUCCCCUCCCUGCCUUUGGCAUGUGGCUAGUGCUUAUUAUCUUAAGUCAGUGUUGGCCAAACUUGGCCCUCCAGUUGUUUUUGGACUACAGCUCCCAUCAUCCCUAGCUAACAGGACCAGUAGUCAGGGAUGAUGGGAAUUGUAGUCCCAAAGCAGCUGGAGGGCCGAGUUUGGCCAUCACUGUCUUAAGUGAAAGAACUCGAUUUAGGCUUUUAUGCCCACCUGUCAUGGAAGUCCUGAUUCUCAAUCCUACGGAUGUGCAGACAGGCUUGGUGGUAAGGGAAAGAAUUCUUUACAUACUCAGAGGCUUGGCGUUUAUACUUAGCAUAUUUCUUGCCUCGUAUUGCAAAUAUAUUCUUUCAUUGAACCCUGGCGAUCCCUGCAUGUGGCAAAUUGCUUGAAAGGGUUUAUUUUCCUAAACCUAUUCUUUAUCCUACAGGCAGCAGCUGUGGCACAAUGUGUCUCCCCCACCCUCUUGCUGGUAGGCAUGGAAGAAUGCACCUCUCCGUUCAGGGAGUUAUGCUGUCUGAACUUCAGAUACAAACCAGCGCUAGAAUUCUGAUUUUGGAACAGAGUCUGACAUAUAUCUGAUACACAUAUCCAGACACAUCUGGAUAUUUGGCUCUUAAAAGGAAUUCUCAAAUGUCACUCUCUAUUACCAAGCUGGCAUUUUACAUGCGUUUUGUAAACUAUAUUAUGUUUUACAGAAGAGGCAAAUUUUCUCUCUCUCUUCAUGCAUGUUUCACAUAUUGUUUGUAUGGGAGUAACUGGAUCUUCUCAUCUAGGCCAGAGUUAAUUUAGACUAAAAUCGCUUUAAAUUGCCUACCACAAUUAGUCAUUGACUAUCAUUUUGCAUUUGAUAUAACCCCCUCUAGCUUUGCUAUAAAAUCAAAUUAACUGUUGAGGAUAAUAUGGUUUAACUUAGAUUCCUAAACUCUCUUUAAUUUAAUUUAUUCUCUGAGGUGAACAAGCUAGAGGCUGGGAUGUUGUGGAAGACAAGAGACAUAUACUAUUAUUUUGUCUAUGUUUUUCAGGAUGCACAUUCCAUAUACACAGUGAAGGGUCUGUUUUCAGUUAGAGAUACCAAGAGCUGAGUAAUCUUAGGAUGUCUAGAAUGCCUGCUGCCAGUGUUACUAAUGAUAAAUUCCCAGUAGGGAGUUGUCUUUGCUGUCGGAUUACCAUUUACGUUUUCAAAUUCUGAUAAUGAGCUCUACUUUGGGCAAACACUCCAUUGUGGGGCUUUGGUUACUAUAUUCUCAGCCCCCCCCCAUAAAAUUCUAUUCAAUUCUGCUAAUAACUUUGUAGGUAGUGGUGAUCAGUUCCCAUUCUGGCCGAUUCUCAAAGCCAUAUCGACUAUGGCAGCUGCUGCAUGAACUGACUUCCACAUGCAGGCAUGACCACAUGAAGGCCAAUGGCAUGGCUUCAUUUCCAUUGACGUUGAGUUUGCAUUGACAGGCUGCUAGUGUGGCUUAUUAAGUGCUCAAGAGUAGUGUGCAAAAACCAUAAGAUGUUGUUGUUUGCAUAGCAUUGGCCUUCAGUGACCCUCACUGAGCAUGCGGCCAGCAGGAGAAAGUUAGUAUGCCUUGUGGCCACUGUAAUGGAGGUGGUUGUGACAAUAUGCUUCCACAGAUGAUGGCUAGAGUGACACAGGUGGCACUGUGGUCUAAACCACUGAGCCUCUUGGGCUUGCCAGUCAGAAGGUUGGCAGUUCGAAUCCCCGCAACCCCAUUGCUCUGUCCCAGCACCUGCCAACCUAGCAGUUUGAAAGCAUUCCCUUGCAAGUAGAUAAAUAGGUAUCACUGCAGCAGGAAGGUAAACGGGGUUUCCGUGCGUUCUGGUUUCCAUCACAGUGUUCCGUUGCGCCAGAAGCAGUUUAGUCAUGCUGGCCACAUGAACCGGAAAGCUGUCUGUGGACAAACGCUGAUCCCUUGGCCUGAAAGUGAGAUGAGCGCCACAACCCCAUAGUUGACUUUGACUGGACUUAACCAUCCAGGGGUCCUUUACCUUUUACAGAUGAUGGCUGUGGUCUCGAGUUUCAUAGAGGUUUCGCUGAGCACGUGGAGCUCUGUGGGGGCAGAGACUGAUGAUUAACCAUGUAAGUGCUAGAAAAAAAUGUGCCUUGUGCACAAUGAUCCUAAUUCUGAGGAGGCAAUGAUGAUAAGAACGAUGAUAAGAAUAAUAUAACAAUGUGACAUGUCAAUUAUGCAAACAUCUGACUAUAAUUAUAUCCAAUCCCAUUGCAUGGUGGUAGAAAAUUUUGUAUAUUUAAAAAGGAGUUGCUCUAAAAUGUGACAGAAUAGUAAGGAUGUAGGAGAAUCGUAUCCCAUAAAGAUAUGCAAUACAUGAUAGACGCAUUUCACCAUUUGCUUUGAUAAUGUUUUCACAGUAAGAAUGGACAGUAAUAAUAAUUCCUGCAUUGUAGGGGGUUGGACUAGAUGACCCUUGGUUCUCUUCCAACUCUAAGAUUCUAUGAUAAUUCCAUACUUCAAGUGGCAUUCAAAAAUACUUGCCUCAGGACAGGAGUAGGGUAGCAGCAGCUGUGGGAGGUGGCAUCACCUUGCCUGACUAUGCUGAGGGGUUCCUACAGUAUGACACUGCCUUAGAGUGAUGUUUACCUGGAAAAAGAAUUUUCUUAAUCGUGACAUUCACUCUGUGGAAUGUUCUCUUCAGGAAGGCUUUCCUGGUUCUAAAUCUGCAGUGGGGCCUUUUAGAUAUAUGGAUUUCAUAGCUUGCAAAAGAGGUAAAGCUAUGUAUUUCCACACAACUUACUCCUAAAAGCCCACUCCAUGGGAUGGUCUCAGACCUAACACUGAGCAGAGAAAAGUUGGAUAUAAUCCAUGAAGAAGCAAAAGUGUUCUUGAACUACUCUGAUUCUUCUCCACGGUGCAUGUUCAGAAGAAUUUGUCCAUGGAUCAUAUCCCUUACUAGUUUAUCAGUUUUAUACUUUCUCAGGGACUAAUUCUUUGGGUAAUAUCUGAUGAAAAUAAUGAGUCUCGAAUACUUUGAGAAGUAUGGAGUUUCUUUAAGCUAAAUAUAUGGGAUUGUUGGCAUCGAGAUAAAUUGCAGUUCCACAGGGGUCACUGGAAGAGCUUUAAUUUCAACUCAGUUAACCUCAGCUAAUUUAAAAUGCAUUAAAAAUGUUUAAAUCAUAUGCUUUCACUCAGGCUUUUUACAUCAGCCCUUGCAUGUAGCUAGUGGUCAAAAAAUAUAUAUAGGGGAGGAACCUUUUCUUAAUUUACCAUGGAAAAUCAACUCAAUUAACCAGCAUAAAUCCAGUCCUGAGACAUUAGCUAUUGGAAUUAAAUGCCAAAUCAAUUUGGUGUUUUGUCAGUUGAUAGUGUCUGAGCCUAAAAUCCUGCAGUGUCAUUUGCUCUCUUGUUUAGUUUGGCUUAAGACUAAAGCAAAGUCUUUUGCAUUUGGGAGUCUACCAAAACUUGGCAGUUAUAUCUAUUUGCCAUGGAAUCCCUGGCCUGACACACCCAAGAUCAAAUAUUUGAUUGGAUAUACCUUGUUGCUUGUGAAUGUUUCCAGUAUUAGAAAUUUAAUGUUCUUUUGAUCAUAUUGUGCAGGUUUGGAUAUAAUGCUAAACCAUGGUUUAGUGAUAGGAGAACAGGCCUAGGCAAACUCCUUUCUCCUACAGUAGGCCACAAAUAAGAGUUCAGAAGCUUUGGUUUCUGUUAUAGAUUAGUCAGAGCUUGCCAUGUUGACCAAAUCCAACACAGUUUACACUCCAUGUAUGUAUGAAGUGUAUGAAGAUGCCUUGUUUCAACAAAGCAUAGUUAUGAUUAACUACAGUUUAGGAUUUGGAUGUGUGGAUAAUCUGAAGCAAAGCUUCCAGUGUCAUUGCAGAAGUGCUGGAGGACAGAGAGAGGCAUGUGGAACCAGGCUCACUGUUGCUCACCCUUGUAAUGUUGAGCCAUGGUUUAGUGUUGCAUGCCAGCUAGAUCAUUGUUGGGAAAGUCCGUAGAUAAGAUCAAAUCCGUGAAAAGGAAAAUGUUAUUCAGAUGAGAUCAGACAAAAACUGAAAUAAUUUCCCUCAGAAAACCCUGCUUCUAUGCAUAGAAAUAUCCAUACUUUUGUGUAGUCAGCUAUAGACUUACAUUGGCAUGAAGUGCAAUCAUACGCAUAUUUAUUUGGAACUUAGUCCCAUUGAAUUCAUGGGGGUUAUUCACAAGUAAGUAUGUUCAGGACUACAAUCUAUGAUGAACCAUUUCAGCUAGUAGAUUAAAACUUAAUUACUAAUUCUGUGGUGUUUGCUCAGUCCAUUCUGUACCCUCAAUAUCUGCCUUCAAGCACUCCACACAAUCAGGGUUUGGGCUGUGCUUCUAGACAUCCAACAGAACAUGCAGAUAUUGACGCAAGGUAUGCAGUAUUGGUGCUGAAGACUGGAAGCCCUUCAUGUGUUUGGGGAUUGAGUGGACACCCCUUCUCUUGGACUAUGACUGCUGCUUUAGAGUUGUCAAGCAAUCAGCUUCUGAAAGGGUUAUAGGAUGAAGAACACUGUUCAGUCAAUCUUUAAUACCUUUUCUCUGUAUUGCCCCCCACACUGUAUAAAAUGGAGGUCUAGCAUACAAUUUUAGAUGUUGUGACUGAAACACGGUCUAAUUACUGUUUAUUUUAGUCUGCUGAAUGGAGUAAGGCAGUUGUAGUUAGGCAGAGCCCACACCUACAGUAGGCAGAGAGAACCAUCUGCAUGGCUUGAAAGAUAGUAUUAAGUUACACAUCAAAGUGAACAAUAUCCCACUUGCCUCAUUUUCCUAAAAUAGGGGGUGUUUGUGAUAUGUAGAUAUGUAUCUACUGCAGGGGUGGGCGGCCUAGUUUCCUGUGGGUGGAAGGAACAGAAAAAACAACGGAAAGGGUUUGGUAGACAGAAAAAACAAUAUGGCAGAAAGAAAGAAAGAAAGAAAGAAAGAAAGAAAGAAAGAAAGAAAGAAAGAAAAGGGGCAGCCCUCGCACUUGUUUCUGGUCACACUGAAAAGGGGAACAUGCACUUUUGGCUCUAGUACUGCCCACACAGACUUUGGUCCCAUCCACUGCUGGCCUACAAUCCCCAGCAGAACCCUUGAAGAAAUCCCUUGGCAGGACAGAGGUCCCCACUCCUUAUCUGCUGGAUGAAGGUGCAACAUGACAUCUGUGUGAUUAACUCUUAAGCAAAGGCCUGCUAGAAAGUGGGAAACAAGACUCUUCUUAUGCUUCAAAAAGAUUCUAAAAGUUCAGAUCUCAACCCAGAUCUUUGGAGUUGGUGUAGUAUUACCUAAAGCAGGGGUGAGGAACCUCCUGCCUAGGUCCCCAGUGUUGCCUUCCAGGGUUCUCUAGUCCUAAGGACUCUGACUAGGUCCAUCAAAAGCAAAUGCAGACAAGGCAUUGCAAGGACUUAAAGGCCCUGGGACACAGGCCCAGACACAAAUUUCCAUAAAUUUUUCAUAGAUAUCUGGGAAGUUAAGGCUAGGGUUGCCAUAUUUCAAAAAGUAAAAUUCCUUAAGCUUUCUGAGCUGUUUCUGUUGCUUUACCCAUUGUGUUGCCGUACAUCCAGGGUUUCCAUGACAUUUUGCUGUUUUGGCAAAAUUCCCCCGAUGCCAUUUUUUACACUGGAAAACCAGGAUGUGUCAGGAAUUUUCCUGACGGAUGGCAAGCCUAAGUUAAGGCAGUGGUGGCUGGGUUUCUUACCAGCAAUGUGGUUCACAGUGCACCCAGCUGCCUUUUUAAGCAAAGUAAAAAAAUGUAAGUUUUAGAGAAGGGACAGGAGGAAGGAGAUCUGUUGUGUAAGACCUCCCAAUCAGCCAUAAUUUUAUACAUGUAUAAGGAAGCACUGCACUAAGAUUUUUCACUUUCUACAACCCACUGCAUUGUUGGCUUGCUUUUGUAUUUAUUUGUAUUUAAAAUAUUUCUAUGUGGCCCUUCAAUGAAACUUUCAGGUUGAGUUAUCAGGGAAUAAUCUGUUGUCUCUUGAGAUAGAGGGAUGCCAGCAGCAACAACACAGAGGUAACAACAACAAAUAAACACCAGCAGCAAUAAUCAUACUGCACAAUCAACAAACAGCAGAAAACAGAAAUCGUCAAACAGUUAAAAACCAACCAUAAAAUACAACGGAAUGCAUGAAACCACAGUUAGGCAAAUAAAUAGGUCUUUGCCUUGCCCUAAAAUGACAUCAGAGCUGGUGCCCUUAGAUCAGCUGACACUUUGCAAAACAUCUAUUUUAAUACACAACUCUUUUUCAACAGACCAUUUCUCCUAAUUAUACCACCAUCUGAAAACUAGGAGAGAUUGUGUGUGAAAUAUUUAAAGGUUAAUGAAUUUAUCACACCAACACUUUUUCUUAUUUUGGAAAAUGUCCUUUUCAGUUGAAGGAGGAUAUGUAAAUCCCAAAACCCAUUUUAUAAAUAGCAACUCAUCUGAUUACCUGUGGUAAGUAAAAACUACCCCACCCUCUGGCUAUGAACUGGAGAAGGAAGUCUUCCUAAACUAGAACAGCUGAUUUAUUCCCCUCCCCCCCUUUUAGCUAGUCAGUGUGCAGACUUUGGGAGCGGGAAAGAAGGGAGCCUAUUUUCUUCUGGAUGUUCAUUUGCAAGGACUUCUAAAUAUACUUAUUUGAAAGGAUUUUAGUUAAAAUCAAUGGGACUUGCUUUCAAGUAAACCCUUAAAUUACAUCACUGCUGAAAUAUAAGUGCUCGUUCUUACUUUGCUUUUGAUAUAAAUGACACCAGGCCAAAACUUGUAGAACAGGCAAACUGUGUGGUUGUUUCUACCCUGCUUAUGGGUAUAAUGAGUGGCUAUUACUGCCUAAUGUUGACUUAAACAUAAGUCACAAUACAACUCCACCUGUUUCAGUUGACUUAGCGGGGCUGCACCGAUGCACAUGACUUGAGAAUAGUAGUCAGCGAUUCCCAUGUAGACCCAGAGAGAGCAACGUAACAAAUAUUGUUGCUGUCCAGCAAAUUUCACAAACCACAUCCAGCAUUUCCUAGGAUUCCCUUUUAACUAAAGCCAUGCACAGUUCUACAUUACACACAGUCAUUUGUUUUCCUGUUACACUAGACAAGAGCCAAGGCAAUAAGGGAAAAAAAAUAAAUGACCCUUAAUGCACAGACGGCCUCAAGGAGGGUUAAAUGUGCAGGAGGAUUCUAGAAGGGAGGUUGAAGCAAGUCUUGGCAUGUCUCUCCUAGUCAGAGGCGAAAGCUAUGCGUAAGACUGCAGAAUGUCAUUGCCACCUCGGAUUUCCCUUCAGCUUACUGAUAGGAAAAUGCCACAGCAGAAAGUAAAGCUGCUCUUACUACAUAAUUGUUAAGAUUGUUUGAGUAACAUUAACAUGACAGUAGGAAGAGGUUGGCCAUAAAUAUCAUGCCUAUUUGUAUCAUUAGGGGUUAGCGCACUUAAAUGGAGUUUUCGUAUUUUUGUGCAAAGCUUUGCUUUGGGGUGGGCUUCUCAAAAUCAGAAAGAUCGCUCCAGUAGCACAUGGGGGGAAUCGUUCAAAGGCCACUGGGAGGUAUAUUGUGUAAGCUAUCACAGCAAUGGGUUUAGGACAUCCUUAAUUCAUGGGUCAUGUAAUGAUGCUUUCAGGGACGAUUCCUGAAAGUUACCAAGAGCCUAUUCAGACAUUCAAGAGGGCAUAUGGUGGAGUCCUCAUACCACCUUACGAUUCAUUUGUGGAAUCACUUGUUGGAAAAUGUUGCCACAUAUCCUUUCCCAAAAUUCUUACCUCUCCUGAAGAUAAAGCUAGAUGGCUUAUCCCCAUUCCAUUAAACUUCCUACAUUUAAGGGAUUCAGAUGUUUAAGCACUUUCUUCAUAGUUGAACAAGAAAAGCCCAUGUGGGAAUAUUAAGAACAGAGCUUGCAUGUGUAUCUUCUCCUGACUUUAAGCCCCCACAAGUUCUUUGAACCCUUGAAGAGAACUAAAGACCAGUAUGCUAGAUUUGGUUAAGGUGCUGUCAGAAAUUUGAGAAUAACUAUUGGGGACAGGCCAACAAAGGUCCGUAUAGGUUAUAGCUAUGGUUUUCCCAGUAGUGAUGUAUGGAAGUGAGAGCUGGACCAUAAAGCUGAUCGCCGAAGAAUUGAUGCUUUUGAAUUAUGGUGUUGGAGGAGACUCUUGAGAGUCCCAUGGACUGCAAGAAGAUCAAACCUCUCCAUUCUUAAAGAAAUCAGCCCUGAGUGCUCACUGGAAGGACAGAUCCUGAAGCUGAGGCUCCAAUACUUUGGCCACCUCAUGAGAAGAGAAGACUCCCUGGAAAAGACCCUGAUGUUGGGAAAGAUGGAGGGCACAAGGAGAAGGGGACGACAGAGGACGAGAUGGUUGGACAGUGUUCUCGAAGCUACCAGCAUGAGUCUGACCAAACUGCGGGAGGCAGUGGAAGACAGGAGUGCCUGGCGUGCUCUGGUCCAUGGGGUCACGAAGAGUCAGACACGACUAAACAACAACAAUUGGGGACGGGCACCAUUUUUAUCUAUACACACAACAUUUUACUGCACUGUGUGAUCCAUCCACACUGAUGCUAUGAUUUCCCGUAUCUACUGUGCAGACCAGCACCUGUGCAGUUGCAAAGAUGGACUAUGCUGCAUCACUACAUCCAAAACCUGUGUGGGAACAUCUUAGUUGGCAGGUUUGGCACUAUGCAAUGUUAAAGAGAGAACAAUUCCUAUGUUCCUUGCCGCUUCAGACAAGCCAUGCACCAGCAGUGCCCCAUGUGUGUGCAGUUUUCCACACUGUCUCAUAUUAACAUUGUUAUUGUUGAUUCCCAGUACCUAAGAUCACCCGUGACCAUCACAUAUCAAACCCCAGUGAUAUAAAUUUUACAGUGCCUUAUCUAAAAGACCACACUAUUCUGUUGCCAGUCAUCAAGUACAGAGAAAUCAAGUAAGCUGCAUUCAUAUGUGAAUAGUCAUUAGCCUUCUAGAGUGCUAUGGAUCUGGUGUGUUUUAAUUUCUUCUGUUUGCAGUUUUAGUAUGGUACAAAGGCUACUUUCAUGCUUCAUUCAUGCAUCACACUGAGCAGUUAUGCAAAAGCUUCUGGGAAAUUACAUCCAAACAGAUUUACACAACACUCCCAGAAUAUUAGUCUCCUGUCCAUCUUUACUAAUGGGUUGUUAGUAACCAUUAUGUAACCAUUUAUAGUGAUUUUAUUGGAGGAACAAAUAUUACCGUUGGAUCAGUAGGAAUCACAAAUCCAUAUUUUCCAGGUUUAACCCAAGACUGAAUUUGAACUUGGAUGCAUGAAAACACACAUGCCCACUGAAAAAAAUAACCCCCCACCCAAAAAAGCAUUUAUAAGACGUUUUGCUCCUGUCUGUUUUUCAUAUCCAUAACCCACAUUUUAAAAAACAUCCUACCAAUGUAUGUAUUAAUUGCACACAAAUCUUUCAGUGAGAUAUAUGCAAGAGAACAGUUCAUACAUCCUAUUUCAUGCCAUUCAUCUUUGCUUAUAGAAAAUUCCAUGGUAUAUGUGUGGGGGAGUGUUGUAAAAAGCUUAAGGACGAUAGCAUGAAUAACUGACACUUUUAAAUACAUUAGAAGGAAAGUAUAUGAUAUAUCUGCCAUUUACAAUUGUUCUGUUUCACUUGGGACACAAAAUGUGGAGCAAGAAGGCAUACAAUUGGCCUUCUGGUUCAGUCACUUGCUUCAGUGUUCAUAGACAUUUUGCCUAAAUUUUAUUGUAACUCAACCUCCUUGUUUCUUAGCUUAUUCUUGUUGGAUCAAUCGAACAAUCAUUCACUCUCUUCCUUCUAACAGCAUUAAGGGUAUGAUCCAGGCAAAGUUAAUGAUUUUUCAGUUCCAUUGGUUGCAGUGGGAGAUAUGUUGAAAGCUAUUCUCACCAUAGUUACCUUGAAGGAGGAUAAGGUUAUCAAUAGCAACUAGUAAUAAUGUUUACGUAUUACCUCCAGUGUCAGAGGUUUUAUGUCUCUGAAUACCUAAUGGGCCACCGUGAGAACAGAAUCCAAAUGUUCUCAAGUACUGAAAUUAAUGGAAUUUUAAAUGCUUAGCUUUGCUCAAAGCAUGCAAUAAAAGUCUUUAAAUGACCACAAUGAUCUCCUCCUUUUUAGACUUAUAUUUCUAGAUUUAACAUACCAAGUUCUUAGUCAAAUUUAUUUUCUAAAAACCACUGGUAAUCACAGAAAUACAAGCUGGUUGAGGAACAUUAUAGGAGAAGUGGUCCCCAGCCCAUUGGACCCUGUGAUGUAAAAUUAGAUUUUGUCUGAUCCUAGUUCUUAGAUUCUUCCUUACACAACCUCUCUAGGAAAGGUUUUGCAGGGUGGGAUUUAAAUCUCAUAAAUAAAUACACAGGACAGUAUUCAGCAAAAUAGUUGUGCUUACACAUACAAGGAUCACCACUAGUACAGUGGUACCUCAGGUUACAGACGCUUCAGGUUACAGACUCUGCUAACCCAGAAAUAGUACCUCGGGUUAAGAACUUUGCUUCAGGAUGAGAACAGAAAUUGCGUGGUGAUGGCGCGACGGCAGCGGGAGACCCCAUUAGCUAAAGUGGUACCUCAAGUUAAGAACAGUUUCGGGUUAAGAACAGUCCUCCAGAACGAAUUAAGUUCUUAACCCAAGGUACCACUAUACAGUGGUAAACACUAAAUAGUCCUCAGAUCUGCUUCAGAGGGUUAGGGGAAGUCCAGAAGAGACUUAGGAGUUGUGUAGGGGAAAGAAAGGGGAAGAAUGGAAACAGCUUAGUAUUCCGUUGAAUAGAACCUAUGGCUUUUGAUCCACGCAUCUUGUGAUCCCUAUGCUCUUUUUGGAAUUCAAUAUCCUUCCUAAAGUAUUUAAUCCAAAACAGCUCUGUUUUCUUCUUGAAUGCUUAUCUUAACACUAUCAAUGACUCAUCUAUGACUCAGAUCCUUGCAUGCUCACACACCCUCUUUUGUUCUGAAAAUCUUGAGUGUAUCCUAUCCAAACAAGAUUAUCUGAGAACUGAUUAAAGCAUUUCACACCUUUCAUUUUGACCAGUUUGGUAUCUGAAAGAAGAAUGCCAUUACAUAACUUGACUUGUGAACAUUUAAAUUUCAAAGUCAGCAUAAUGCAAAAUGCUCAAAAACGUGAUUAUGGCCAAUAUCCAGAGGUUCCUUUUGUAGCAUAUUCAUUCUCCUAUAUUUACAGCUUAUAAAAUAAAUAGUAUCUAUCCUGGGACGCGGGUGGCGCUGUGGGUUAAACCACAGAGCCUAGGACUUGCUGAUCAGAAGCUUGGCGGUUCAAAUCCCCGUGACGGGGUGAGCUCCCAUUGCUCGGUCCCUGCUCCUGCCAACCUAGCUGUUCGAAAGCACAUCAAAGUGCAAGUAGAUAAAUAGGUACCACUCCGGUGGGAAGGUAAACAGCAUUUCCGUGCGCUGCUCUGGUUCGCCAGAAGCGGCUUAGUCAUGCUGGCCACAUGACCUGGAAGCUGUACGCCGGCUCCCUCGGCCAAUAAAGCGAGAUGAGCGCCGCAACCCCAAAGUCGGCCACGACUGGACCUAAUGGUCAGGGGUCCCUUUACCUUUACCUUUAGUAUCUAUCCUCUCCAGGGCCAUGGUGCUUAAAAAUUGCUCAUUUGAAAGAAGAAAGGGAGACAUAAACCUUUGCUUGGAAACACGACUAAAGCUCUGCUGCUCCUUUUUUCAGCAUCAAAAACGCAUUUCUUGCAUUUCUCCUGUUUCCAACAAAAAUAGCAAAUACAGCAGAAAAGAAUAAUUCUAGUAGUAUCUGUGAACUGCAGUAACUAUUUAAAUAGUAUGAAUUUCAAUAUCUGGUCCAUGACUAAGAUGGGGUUCAUUUAGCAUAGCAGUUAAGAGUAUGAGCUAUGAACAGAAGUCAGAAGUUCAAAUCCUGGCUUGGCCACAAACUUGCUGGGAACUAAUCAUACUGGUCUUACAGGGAGGCUUGUGAAGAUUACUGAGAUAAGGUAUAUGAAGCACUUUGAGCAGUCGUUUAAGAGUCAGUGUGGUAGAAUGGUUAGGGCAGGGAUAGCCAACGUGGUGCCCUCCAGAUGUUGUUGAACUACCAUAAGACCCAGGCAACAUGACCAAGAGUCCAAGGUGAUGGGAACUGUAGUCCAAAAACAUCUGAGGGGCAUCACAUUGGCUUACCCUGGGUUUGAAUGUGGGAAAUCCAGACUCAAGUGUAAUCUCUCUUUCUGUUUGCAGACUUUAGUUUCAAAAUGGCAGCAGAGUAAAGCAACUAUAAAUCCUAAAUACAGAGGUCAAAUCUGCUCUAUGCUUUCCUUGCCCAGCUUGAGUCAGCAGCCCAUUAUCCACAUUUUUAAAAAGAAAGAAAAAAAGAUAGAAAAGUGAAGAUGGGGAGGUAAGGAAGGCAUAUGUGAUGAUAAAUCAAGAUCAAAGCUUGAGGCUGGAACAAUGAGUCAACAGCUUUGGUCUCUUCAAAUAACGCCCAAAAUUUCUCCCAGGUUUAUUCGUGCUUAUUCGGGAUUUAUUAUAAUUGCAUUCACUUUCCCCCCAUUUUUUCCUAAAUGUAACGUGUCCUCUUGUCUUUAUUUUUUAAGAGAUAUCCAGGAUUGUAGAACAAUAUGUUUUGCCACUAGAGUUGCUCUAUUCCUAAAAUAAGAUGGUUGAAAGCAAAAUUUAUGCAGGCUGACAGAACCAACUUAAUCCACCAUCCUACUUCAUACUAGAUGCAAAGGCAAAAUCAAAACAGAUGUAGUAGAUUGACUGACUUGUUUUCAGAGAACACACACUUGAAGAAUAUGUCUGGGUGUAAAUGUGAUCUAAACAUUAUUUUUUUAAAUAUAUACCAUGGUACUUCUUAUGAAUCUCACUGCUGAGAUGAAUAAAUCUGUCUAUUUUAUCAUCUCACCCACACUGUGAGACAGUCUCUCUCGGCAUAGCCUAAUUAGUCCAAGGCUGCUCAGUGUGCUUUAUGGCAGAGUGAAGAUUUGAACCAAAGUCUCCUCAGUCCUACUUAGAUACUCUUAUUUAUUUAUUUAUUUGUGCAUUUUUUUUGACUUAUCAGCCACGCACUGCGAAAGAGCCUUUGAGCAAUGUAACAGAAAAGAAAAUUAAGAUCCAAAUGCAUAGCAUAAAAACAAAAAAGAAUACAUUACAACAAAACCAUUACUAUGAUCAAUAAACAGACACAAUAAAACUUCAGCAGCAGAAAACAGUUAUCAAUAAACAACAGAACAUCCAUCAUUAUCUGUCAAAUGCAUGGGAGAAAAGAGCGGUUUUUACCUGACACUGAAAGGAUGUAAAUGAGGGCAUUAAGUGGACCAGAGCUAACUAGGACAUCACACUGGAGCCAAGCCUGAUGGAAGUGAGAACAUGCUCUCUGUAUUACACAGAGGAGGGCGAUACAGUGGUACCUCAGGUUAAAUACGCUUCAGGUUACAUACGCUUCAGGUUACACAUGCCGCUAACCCAGAAAUAGUGCUUCAGGUUAAGAACUUUGCUUCAGGAUAAGAACAGAAACCGCGCAUUGGCAGUGCAGAGGCAGCAGGAGGUCCCAUUGGCUAAAGUGGUGCUUCAGGUUAAGAACAGUUUCAAGUUAAGAACGGACCUCCAGAACGAAUUAAGUACUUAACCCGAGGUACCACUGUAUUGUAACUUCCUUAAAAUGCUUGCUGCAAUAGAUGUUUGACAAGUAUAUGAAGUUCAGUAGGGAGAAGGCCUGCCUAAUUUCAGCUGGGAGUUCUACAGACUUGGGGCCACAAUACUGAAUGCACAGCUUCCUGUAGAUACAUGGCAUCUGAGCCAUGAGAGACCUCUAACAGAGACUCCUCCAAAGGUUCUGUGAUUGGGCAGAGAUAUAAGGGGUCAGACAGCCCUUAAGGUAUGCUGGACCCAUGUUGUUAAGGGCAGUAGUCUGCUCCCAGCAAAUGUCUUGCUGCAGAAUUUUGCACCAGUUGGAGCUUCCAGGCCAGGCCCCAAGGCCCACAUAGAAUGCACCGCAGUAAUCAAGUCUUGAGGUUCCCAAUGCAUGAAUCACUAUGGCCAGGCUAUUCCUGUCCAAAAACAGCUGCAGUUGGUGUACCAGCCAUAAAAGGUCCUCCUAGCCACUGAGGCUACUUAAGCCUCGAGUGACACAGAUGGAUCUGGGAGUACUCCUAGAAAAUGUAUCUGAACUUCCAUAUAUUCUUAAUAUACACUUAAUUUUAGAUUGGAUUUUGCUGUGUAAUUUUUGUAUAAUCCUUAUAGGUAGUGUUAGAAAAAGAAAUUCCAAUUUAGGUAUUUCUCUCUCUCUUUAGGACCACCCUUCUUCCUAGCCAUGAUAAUGGUGGCUUGGCACACUUUCUCACACCCUGCUUAAAUUUCUCCAAAUUAUCUUUAUCUAAGGGCUCAUUCAGACUUCCUUUUGUGCCGCUUUUCUAGGCACAGGUCAGGGCUUUAAAGCUCCAUUUCUGAUCGGAUAUUUUUUGUCACGGUGCCUUCCCCAGAGAAAAUCCAUGUUUUACCACUGAAUUGGAGCAAGCAGCUUUAUCAUCUGAAAACUGUAUUACUAUGUACUGUGAAUGUAGGUUCCCAAACCACAGUCCAAGUGGCUCAUUCAGGUCUGCAGCAUGUCUGGGUUUCUGGUUGAAGACAGGAGAUGGCACAUCCAUCACAUUAAAUAUGUAUUGAUGUUAAUUGUAUUUUAGUUGCUUCUCUUAUUUCUUGUAUUGUGUUUUAUUGUAUUACAAUAUCAAUCCCAUCGAAUACAGUAAAAUAUAUAAGAAAUAAAAUAUAAUCAAAAUAUAAUUAAAAAUAAUAAAGCAUCUAGCACACCAUAUCAACAAUUUUCAAGUGGUCCAGGGUGGGUAGUUAGGGUAUCACUGAUCUAGAACUUCUUAACUUGUAUCUAGAAACUGUUGAAAAUUCAGUAUCAGCUUUAUAUUGUUCUUCAGCAUUCAUAAGUAAUUUCUGAUUUUUCUGCAUUAAUUUCAUAGCUAGAAGAUACUGAAUCUAUACAUCCUUGCAAUGCAAAUACCAAAAUUUUAAUUUGGAUCAUGGUAGGGAAAUCUCUUUCAUGUUUUUGUUGUCCCUGAUUUGUUGUGCUAAAAUUUCAAAAUGUAAAUUAAACAAUAACGAUGAGAAAGUGCAUUCCUGUCUGACACAUCUUUUUUUUUUAAAAAAAUUAAUCAUUUUUUCAAUACAAACACUGUCUGACACAUCUUUGCAAUAUGUAUUAUGCAUGAUUCCAUUAAUCAAAAUUCUAUCCACAAUUUUGUAUAUAUUGCUUCAACAAAAUUGCAGAAGUCUAAGUCCUGGUUCGAAUUUCUUCAACAUUUUAAAGCAUAGGCCUCCAUUCUAUAGAGUCAAAUGCUUUUUCUGUACUGUAUCUACAAACUAAAAGAAUAAAGGUGUGUUUUGCUUCUGUUUCACCUCUAUUAAGUUUAUCAAUUUGCAUACAAUUUAUGACAAUUAUCCACCUGCCAUGAAUCUUGUUUGAUCCUUUUUUAUUUAUUCUUCAAGGAAUUUAUUAACUCUGCAAGCUAAAAUGGCUGUCAUAAUUUUAUAGUCAGUAUUUUAAAGUGAUAAGCUUGCCACUCACCAAGUGCCUACCCUCGAGGACAGCUAGUACUGGACUUGUUCAGCUUUACCUUGUACCCCAAACCGUGUUUUGCUGGUUGGAUGUAAUGUAAAAUCUUUACUAAAAUCAAAUUAAAAUCUACUGAAAUAGCUCAUGGUGCCCCUCUCACAUAAUGGUCAGAAAUAGAUGACUAUGUGAAGUGGCCUGACAGUGCAACAUCUGAACCCUUUUAGCAAACAUUUUUAUUUUGCAACAUUUAACUACUCUCAAUAGAGAGAUGGAUUAAAAUGUCUCCUUCUUCCAACAUAGGCUCUGGCUAAGACAUCAGAUUUAAUAAUAAAUCAUAUGAUUGUGGUGCUGAGGGGAGAAGACACUUCAAACAAGGCAGAUUACAGAAAUACUUUUUUUAAAUCAACCAAAAAAAUUUGACUGUCAGGUUAGACAGUAACUAAGAUAUUAGGCGGAAAACAGAAUAUUGGAAAAUAUAUGCCCUGAGGAAUGUGUACAGAAUUCCUUAGGCUUGAAAAUUCUGUUUCAGAAACAAAAGUCCACACUGAGUAAUUUGUGACAUUAUAGGAUUAUUUGAAGUUACUGAACUGAGGUAUGAAGUCUCAGUAAUUCAGUCUAAAGGGUGAUUAAGUCAGUGAAAGUGGGGGGUAGUGCUUUAAUACAAUCAAAUGAAGUUACUUUGAUGCACAUUCUUUCAGGGAGCAUUUCAAGAAUUCCAGGCAGGAUGUUUACAGAUAAGCCAACAACAGGAGCCACCCAAUCAUAACUUACUAGUUGAGGGGCAUGAUGGGAUUUCAGAAGUAUAAAAGAGAGUGUUUUCAGGCAACAUUCAUUCUCUUCCGCUCUUCUUUUCCAGAAACCACACUCUGCCAAAGCUACAGAAUUUUCCACAGGAUUACAAAGAUAAUUGAAGGUAAGUUGUUGUUUUUUUGCCUACAUAUGUCUUUUCUUUUUAUUUGGUAAAUUAAUUGAAACAUCGAAUAGUGUCUAUAAUAACACUAGCAAGUGAUAUAGCUCUCAUCACUUCAUGCUUUCACCAUAUUAAAAUAAAAUAAGAUAAUAUAAUAGGAAGCAUCUUAAAAAAAAAAAAGAACAGCCAGUGUGGUGUAGUAGUAAGUGUGUUGGACUAGAACCUGGUGAGUUUGGGUCAGUUACAGUUUCAGACUAACCUACCUCAUAGGGUUGUUGUAAGGAUAAAAUGGGGAGGAAGAAAACCAUAUAUGCCACCUUGAGCUCAUCAGAGGAAAGGCGGGAUAUAAAUGUAAGGAAGAAAGAAAUAGAAAUCUUAAUAUGAAAUAGCAAAUUAAGGCUGCUUUCCUAUGUAAAGUAAACUACGAGAGAAAAUAUCUUGCUUCUGAGAAACUGGCGCAGCUUUUAAGGUUGACACUGGUUGUUUUGGUGGAAUCACAUACUGGUAAAUUCACGUUGCAUGGUGGAAGGUACUGUACUUCCCAUUAUCAUUCUUCUCAUCCUAACUAUGAUUAUUCAUGCAACAAGUAUUUAAAUAUGAUGGCUUUUAUAUAGUAAAUCAGGCUUCCUCAACCUCAGCCCUCCAGAUGUUUUGAGACUACAGUUCCCAUCAUCCCUGACCACUGGUCCUGCUAGCUAGGGAUCAUGCGAGUUGUAGGCCAAAAACAUCUGGAGGGCUGAGUUUGAGGAAGCCUUUAGUAAAUUGACCUAUAUAUUGAAACAAGGAAGUUUAAAAUAUAUUGCUGUUACGUUAUAUUUAUUCUUUCUGUAUAUUCAUAUGGAACUGUUUAUGUGUGAAUGUAUUUGGUAAAUUUCUUUUUAAGCUUUACUAUAUUCCAAGCUUUGUAGUUUAUAAAUCCUAGUCAGCAAAAUUAUUGGGAAAAUAGUUCCCUAAAAAAUCAGACUUCAGCUUUAAUGGUCUUGGGAACUACACUGAUUUCAUUUGUAUACUGAUUCUCUUUCUGUGUUCCCGGUUGAACAUAGUUUGUAAUAUAAAAUCAUUUAUAGGGUUGUUGUUCUUUUUACCCUGCCUUUUAUAUUUAUGUGUUUAUUGAUUGGUUUUUUUUUAUAAAAAAAAUUCUCUGUAUUAAUUAUUAUAGCAACCAGUUAAUAUGCAUGCCUGUUAGGAAAUAAAUUAAAUUUCAAAAUGGUAAAGAUGAUGGAAUCCUUAAUCAAAAUCAGCUUUACCCUUUUGAAAUCUCAUAUCAUUGCUCUAGCAAAGAAAAUGCAAAUUUAAAUGAACCCUUUUUUCCUGAUUAUUCCCUAAAUCCAAUCCUAUUCAUGUUUAUUUAGGAGUAAGUUCUAUUGAGUUCAACAGGCUUUACUUACAGGUAUGUGUGUAUAGGAUUGUACCCUAAACUACAGCUUAUUUAAAUAAAUCCACCACAACUCAGCCUGCAAAGAGUAAGUUUGAAACUAGUAAACUUGUUGGUUUCAAUGCAGUGAAAACUGAGACUACAGCUUGAACACCUGUGCAGGUCCCUGCUUUCACCUGGGAUGCACAAGGAUGUAUAUACAAUAUAGCCUUUAAAAAAAAUAUUUUAUUUAUUUAUUUAUUUAUUUAUUUAUUUUAUUUUUAUUUAUUAAAUUCCAAACCACUCUUCAUCCAAGGAUCACAGGGCAGUUUACAAUAUAAAAAACACAAAAAUACAUAACAUAAUAACAAACAAAAACAAUAACCCCCUACAGUUUAAAAGGCAAAUAAAUGUGGGAGUAGCCUGGAUAUUCCUCCUUGCAGCGAGGUCAUUCCAACCCCAAUCCAUUAUGAGUAGCCUGGAUAGCAUACUAUUUAGCCUGUGAAUCAACCCUUGUCAUAUUAUGCAACUGAAACUGAGGGGCAAGGAAGGGCAUUCUUUGAACUGAUUGCCCAGAUAAACCCUAAAAUUUGUAGGCAUCUGUUAAAACAAUUUCGGCUUUGAUCUUUCAAACUACACAUACAAAGAUAUUCCAGCUUCAGUUUCAAAGGCCCACAAAGCUAUGUUUAUAAACCUGUUUUUUGUGAGGAAGGAACUUUUUGGUACAGAUGUUUAGAAGUGCCUCUGGAAUGUCCAAAGGUGUGGGCUUUGCCUGGCACUAAGAUGGAAGGUGAUUGACAAAAUAAGAAAACCAAGAGAAGCCAAUAUAGUAAGUUUAUUAAGAGAGUUGGAUUUGGCAACCAUGUCUAAGGAGUUCUGGCUUUCAAAAUGUAUAAAGUCAGGGAAAAGGUUGGUUAGCCUCUUGUUAGAGGAAUCCUUUUAUCCUGCUUAAUGAAGGGAAGCAACUUCAUACAGCUAAUCUCCACGCUGGAGCUGUCAAGAGUGCUAUUAAUUAUGUUGCUGCUUUGUUUUUGGGGUUUUUGUGCAAAUAUCAGAUUGAAUGAACCAUGAAGAGCAAGUUAAUAAUAACCUCUUUUAUUUCUCAUGCAGGUUGCUGAAGUCCUGGAGGAAAGUGAGCAUUCUUGCAAGCCUAGCGAAGUGUCACUUUGAGGAGGAAAGCUUACACUGGGGCACAGAAUUUUGGAAGGCGGGGAAGGCAGCAGCGGUGGUGUGUGAAUGCCUCUUUAUAACCAAUGCCAGAGUCAAUAAUAUGGCAUAGAUAACAAGAAGGAUUUGCUGGAGAAGAGCUACUCAGACUUGCUGACUAUUUUUAUUCCUUCCUUUGUACCAAAAGUCCCCCCUGCCGCUGCUCAAACACUGCUAAAAGAUGCCAGCCAAGACACCCAUCUACCUGAAAGCCGGCAACAAUAAGAAAGGGAAGAAAUUCAAGCUGAGGGACAUUUUGUCUCCUGAUAUGAUCAGCCCACCUCUCGGUGAUUUUCGCCACACAAUUCAUAUCGGGAAAGAAGGACAGCACGAUGUUUUUGGAGACAUCUCCUUCCUGCAAGGGAAUUAUGAGCUCUUACCUGGGAACGAGGGAGAGACAGCCAGCCAGUGCGAAGGCCACAAUGAGUUCCUCAGGGCAAACAGCACCUCUGACUCUGUGUUUGCCGAAACGCCUUCUCCGGUGCUCAAAAAUGCCAUAUCACUUCCUGCCAUUGGUGGUUCUCAAGCCCUCAUGCUGCCCUUGUUGUCACCGGUGACAUUUAAUUCAAAGCAGGACUCUUUGGGGCCUUUAAGGAAUCCUAGGCAUAGCUGCGAGCCCGUAAUGGAAGAAAAGUUGCAGGGGAAGAGCAAACACUUGGAGAAUGGGAAAAUAUACAAAGAUGACAUCACAUGGGAGCGGAACGUCCCAACAUCGCAUUAUACUAAUGGGAGAGACAGUCAUUCAUCCAGCCUUUCGGAGCAAUAUGCUGAAUGGCAAACAGAGGAGUUAUUUGACAAUGGCCAUCUUUCAUGUGAUCUAACCAAGACUCAGCCUAAAUCAGAAGACUCCCUUUCAGAUCUGGCAGAGCCUCUUCUUUCUUUGCAACUUGACCUCGGGCCAUCACUUUUGGAUGAAGUGCUCAACGUAAUGGACAAAAACAAAACAUAGAACUUGCUGCUUUUUUGCCUCAGUCAUUCAUACAAACACAACUGAAAAGUACAGGCGCCAUCCAGCUAAGGUUAAGCAAUUGAGGCUGCAAUCCUCUGCACACUUCUUUGGGAAUAAGCCUCAUUGAACUCAGUGAGCCUUACUUCUCAGUAAAGCAUUGGGUUCACCUUUUGAGGAUGAAUGGGAUGUAAGUGUGCUUAACUUUAGAUGGAUUGUGAUUUGUGUGUUUAUAUACAAAACCAACUCCCUUUGCAGUAGACAAUUUUUCUAAAACAAAUGACUUUAAACUAUUUUUUUACUUAAUUUCCAUGAUUUUUUUAACAUGGCAAAUGUCAGAUAACAAGAGGAGGUAUUUUAACAACACAAUUUUCAGCCAAUUAAACUGCUUUCUAAGAACCAAGAGUUGUCGUCAACAUAAUAUUUGGAUUGAUUCUGCAAGUUAGGACAAUUAAUUCAUUUUCAGGAACCCUUUGGUUCUCAAGGACCCUGUGUGUGCCAGGCAGAAGAUUUAUGAAGUGAAGGUUAAAUGUUAAUUAGUUCAGCAUUACUUAAUAUGUAACUCUUUCCCAGAAUGAUAGUAGGUUUUUUUUUUUUUAAUUAGCAAUGUUUUUCAUUCUGGCUGCACUGUUAUUGUUGAGUGUUAAUGCAUAGCUCUGUGUUCAAAUGGGAAUGGCUUUCUUCUGUUCAACUGUUAUGGGAAAUAUAUGUAGCCAAUACAAACUGGUGCCAUUGAAGUUACUGGAGCCUCUUAUGUGAGCUCCUAUGCCAAUACGUAUUCAAUCUUAGACAAUCCAAUUUUUAAAGAGAUGAAUUACACUCACUGCAUUAUUUUAUGAGCUGAAAUCUGUUUUUAUGCACAUUCACAUCAGAUUCUACACACACACACACACACACACACACACACACACACUUGCACCAGUGAGCUGUUGCUUGGCAUUUUUUUGGAGAGCCAUUGUAUAAACUGUAUAUUUGUGUGCAUUUAUGGAAAAUACGUAUUUGAUCCUUUAGCUUUGUUCCUUUCAGUUACUGACAUUGACACACAAAUCUUUGAAAUUUUGCAAUGGGUUAUUUUAUGAUUUUAGAGGGAAGCUCAAAGGAGACUGUGCUGCAGCAGAUGGUACGUCAGGGAAUAUAGUGAUGUCCCUGCAUUGUUUUAAUACUUUGUGCAAUACAAUAAAGAGUAAAGAAUUAAUGUGGAAAA